GGUUUUCCACAAGGUUUCUGAACGAAAGAUGGAUCGGCCGUUACGAUGAAACCGGACAGUACAUGGAGUACCAAAAUAAUCAGUGGAGACCGUUAUCCGAGGACGAUUUAGAAUUUGUUCAGCAGCUUUGGCAAGAGCAAGAAGCUGCCGAAACCCAGGUAGUAAAUGGAGUAAAGAUGAAAUGGAAUGCAACAGCACAAGAAUGGCAGAAAGUCGAUGAUGAAGUAGAUGAGGAUUUCAUCGCCAGUUAUCAAGCGAAUUAUGGAGUUCAGUAUGAUUACAGUAAGUACUUUAUUGGUUUCACUACACACCAGUUACUUUUGCAAGUGCGAUUUCGGUUGCCUCAGGGUAAGAUGGACGAGGAAAGGAAAGCUAAAGAAGCCGAAAGAUUGAAAAAUCAUCCUGAAAAAGAAGAUAAGGAGAAGAAGAAAGCAAAGGGGUCUACUGAACCACAAGGUAGGUGUUCAUCUGUUACACAUUCCUGUUCACCACACAAAUUGUUUCGGUUUCCUUUUCAGGAGUUCAUGUCAAAAUGUGGCGUGAUCCAACCUGACGCGCGGACGAACAAGCCGAAGUUGAAAUUAUAUGUUGACGAAAAUGGUGAUCUCAAGGGUGAUGGAAGAUGCGUAUACAUUAAGAAGGAGUCAGUCGAUUUGGCGCUAUCUAUUUUGGAUGGCUUCAACCUACGUGGCAAAGAAGUUCAUGUAGAAAAAGCCAAAUUCCAGUUGAAGGGAGAAUUUGAUCCAAGUAAGAAAAGAAAGAAGCUCACAAAUGCGCAAAAGAAGAGAUACAUGGAAAACCAAAACAGGCAGGUGUUUCUAGUAUAUGUAAAGAUUUUCGAAUGGAAACCAGAGAAGCCUCGCAACUAUCGUCCUAUAUCGGACUGUACUGUUGUUAUCAAGAAUUUAUUUACCUUGGAAAUGAUGGAGGUGAGGUUGCUUGAGUAUUCCUACGCAAUUAUCUUUCUUUCUCAGAAAAAUGCUGCCUUGAUGCUAGAUCUGAAGGAGGAAGUCCAACAGAGUUGUUCAAAAUAUGGUACUGUAAAGAAAGUCAUUGUUUAUGAUGUGAGUCUUUAUUAUGCAUUAAAUCUCCUUAUUUUUGUCGUACUUUUUUCCCUUUGACA